AUGACUAGUGAUGUUGGUGUGUCUAGUCCACAAGCACAUGUGUUUACUCAGGCACAGUAUCAACAAAUCUUGAGUUUGUUGAACAAGGAGGCUAUAGUUGAAGUUGCUGCAAGCCUAGCAGGUAUGAUUGAUGUAGGUCAAAAUUGGAUUAUGGAUACUGGAGCUACUGACCACAUGCUUUCUGAUUUCCAAUUCUUAGAAUCUCCUGUUGUAUGUGCAUCGCAUUCACCCUGUGUUCGACUCACAAAUGACUUUUCUAUUUCAAUUACUCAUGUUGGCACCUGUACUGUUCAACCUGAUUUUCAGCUUACCAAAGAUAUCUUAAGGGGAAAUAUAAAGGGAAUUUGUAGGGAGCGAGGUGGUAUUUACAUCCUAGAACCUUCUCGACAGACAAGUGUGGCUGUGAUUCUGUCUGUUUCAUCCAUUAGAUCCAUUGAAAAAUCAUUUCAUUGGCUUCAUGUCCCAUGUCCAGACGAUCCGUCACUGGUUUUUAUGUUAAGCUUGAAGAUUCUCUCGUUUCACGGAAAUAAAAAAAAACAAACUACUGUUUCUCGAUCGUUAGCAGAGGCUGAAUAUAGAAGCAUGGCAGCAGUAGUAGCAGAGAUUAUUUGGUUAGAUGGCUUGUUGAAAGAGGUCUGUCUUAGUCAACUUGAUAAGUCUUUACUUUUUUCAGAUAGCGGGGUAGCACUACAAAUUGCAGCAAACCUUGUUUUUCAUGAAUGCACUAAACAUAUAGAAACUGAUUGUCAUUUUGUACAAGAUAAAAUUGGAGAAGGUUUGAUUCAAAUGCAACAUAUUGGUACAACUGAACAUCUUGCAGAUUUGAUGACUAAAGCUCUUGGAAUCAAGCAACAUGAAUAUUUGGUGUCCAAGUUGGGGGUUAAAGAUUUGUUUCACCCCUCAACUUGA